GCAGCAGUGGAACUACACUCGGUAAACUCCAGGUACACACACGGUUCAGCGGGAUCCAGCUGGGGAAUCACUGCAGGCUGUUUACUCAACCAGUCCUAGUUUCCUGCUUAAGAGAUCUGUACUGGAAGGUAGCAUGUCCAAUUCUUCCAUAAGGACAACGCGUGCAACAGGAAAUGCUAUGAAGAAUACUACUCAGGGGACCACAAAGAGACAACAGGAGUUUCUUGAGGUGAACAAAAGAAGGACUUUCUUACAGGACAACAGCUGGAUAAAGAACCGUCCUGAAGAAGAAAGAGAUGAAAAUUAUGGUAGGGUGGUGCUCAACCGACAUAACUCCCAUGAUGCCUUGGACAGGAAAGCAAAUGAGUUAAAUGAGCGAAAAGCCACAAUCAGCCGGUACAGAUCUGAUGACACUUUGGACAGGAUCUCAGACAGACAUGAUGCUGCUAAAACACAAAAGGCCAAUGCCUUGGAUAACCAACUAACCAAUAGACACAUGUCCACAUUUAGAUCACCAGAAGCAACAAAAAUGCGACCUGGAGAUUUUGUCAGUGCGAACACCACCAGCCCCCCAGCUUCCACUGCUGCUACAGUCCCCGUAAAGAAAAAGAGACAGUCCUGGCUCCCACCACCCCCUCCAGGGUAUAACGCCACUCCAAGCACAGGAGCAAGCAGAAGGGAACCAGCUGCUCACCCUCCAAUACCUCCAAAGCCCAGUUCUGCUUUAUCUCCUAACCAGCUGAGACGGGAUAAUAGGCAGAUUUGUCCACCUAAAGCAAGUGUAUAUACAGAAAUCAACAGAUCUGCUGAAAGAAACAUAAGGCGUCAGGAUCUUGAGAACAUCGUCAAAGUGGCUACUUCACUUCAGAAAACCGACAAAGGUGAAGAAUUGGAUAAUAUCAUCGAAAAGAACAAAAGCUUGAAUAGAAAUCAAGGUCUUGAUGGCAUCUUCAGAGCAACUCCUAGGGCAGAGCACAUGGAGAAAAGAGCCCAGAGCCUUGAGAGCCUCAUCUUUCUGAAUAGCCGGGCAAACAAAGAUGGCAAAGGACACCAAACUCUCAACAGUGGCAUUAAAGAAAACCCCAGAACAACCAAGAAUGAAAAAGGAAACCAAAGCCUUGGAAGUUUUAUCCAAGUUAAUCAAAGGACUGACAAAAACGAGAAAGGAAAACAAGACUUCAAUGGGCAUAUUAAAGUGAAUCCUGAAACAAAUAAAAAUAUCAAGAGGGGCCAGAGUCUUGACAAUCUCAACAGAAUGACUCCUGAAGUAAACAGAAGUAACUCAGGUUCCAAAGACCUUGAAAACCUCAUCAAAGUAAAUCCAAGAACAGAAAGAAGUGUGCAAGGGGGCCAAAGUCUUGACAGAUUCAUCAAAGUGGCUCCUGAAACAGACAGAACUAACCAAAGGAACCAAGACCUGAACGAUCAUAUCAGAGUGGCCCCCUCAGCAAACAGCAGCAGUGAACAAGGUCUUAAUAAACUUAUUCAUCUAAGUCCCAAGGCUGUCAAAAACAUGGCUGGAAAUCAAGAUCUUGACAAGCUCAUCAAAGUGAAUCCUGAAACUGUCACCAACAACCGCAAAAACCAGGAUCUUGAUAACCUCAUCAGAGUGAAUCCCUCCGCAAUCAGAAGCAAUCAGAGCCAAGACUUGGGCGAUCUUAUUCAAGUGAAACCUUCAGCUCUCAGGAACACGGAGCGAGAUCGGGACCUGGACAAUUUUAUUGAAGUAAAUUCUACUGUGUCAAAAAAUAAGAAUGGAAGGCUAGAUGGCCAAGUCAGUGGGUCGACUGAUGCUUCAAACAACCAGUCCACUAGAAUGACUGCCCAUUCUUAUGAAGCCAGCAAGAACUUCAGCUCCAAUGCCGACACCAGGCCUGCGGGACCAAAGGAUACUGUUGUGUACACGAGAACAUAUGUGGAGAAUAGUAAAUCACCAAAGGAUGGCUAUCAGGAGAGUAUCUCUGGAAAAUACAUACAAACUGUUUAUUCAACUUCAGAUAGGUCUGUCAUUGAAAGAGAUAUGUGUACUUACUGCCGAAAACCCUUGGGCACAAAAACCAAAAUGAUUUUAGAUGAAUUACAAAUUUGCUGCCAUUCCACUUGCUUCAAGUGUGAAAUAUGCAAACAGUCUUUGGAAAACCUGAGAGCAGGAGACAGUAUUUGGAUUUACAGACAGACAAUACACUGUGAACCUUGCUACUCCAAAGUUGUGGCAAAGUGGAUUCAAUAAUUCUGGCACAUGGAAAUCAAGCUGAAAGCAUUCAUUAAGGAAUUAAAAUUUUUAUUUUAAGAAUACGUAAUUCAGAAAAGCUUUUACACUGGAGAUUGACUUUUAUAUACAAUGAACAAUUCUGCUAUUGCAUAAAUAACCUAAUUGCCUUCAAUAAGGUCAUAUACAUAAAGGGAACCAUCUGUUAUCUGGCUAGAUUCAGUCAUCAAAAAUUCAAGUGGUUUCUGUUACCAGUGUGAAGGGAAUGGUGUUCCUGAUGGCUGUGAGCACUGUCACCCCUACAAGGGCCACCUCAGCUCCAUAUGCAGGCUGUGCAUCAUGGCUUCUGUUACAAACAAGUUUCUCAUUUUCUCACCUUUGUUUCCCUAAGAAUUUGAAUUUGCAGACAUUAUUGACAUCUUGACAAACUGUUGAGAAGGCAAGCUAUGUUUCCUUUAUGUGCAAAAGAAAUGUUGAUAGUAAUUUUCUUAUAAAAUUUGGCAGAAAGAUAGUAACAUAAAGUUAUAUGGAACCCAGAAAAUCAUUUGAACUUUCUAGGUCUCUGUGAUUUUACCUGUAACACGAGGGGCAUUGACAAUUGUUCCUAAGAUCCCUUUCUGCUCCUCAAAUUAUUCUAAGGCAAGUUUUGUUGUUGUUGUUGUUGUUUUCACUUUCUAGAAAUAUAUCUGAAUAUGUUUGUUAAUCAUAUUGAACUAGAGAGGACAUCUGAACAAUUUAACCUUAGUGUCAUCCUUUAUUUUAUUGCAGAUAUAAUUUUAAAAAACAGAAAGACAUUGAUUUAUGGGUAAUGGGUAAAAUUAUAUGACAUGUAUUUUACAUAUUAUAAUUUGUUAAUUUUUUGCAUGUAUUUCAAAAUCUGGGUAUAUAAAUAUGAGAAAAUCAUGGUUAUGGACUUAUAAGGACUUCUUUAACAUGUUACAUCUAUUCAUAUUACAUAUACUUUCUAUUUACAGAUGGCUUAUAACAAUAAAAUGAACUCAG